AUGGCACGUACACGCUCCCAGCAGGCUCAAUUAGCUACAUAUAGCAAUAAGACAAGCCAAAGGAAAAAAUCCCUGCGCAACCGCGAUAGCCCUAGCCAGCAAGGAUCCAAGCGCCAGGGCAAUCAUAAUGCCAACCGUCGAGCAGUGAAGAAGCCAAAACCAACCUAUCUCGAGCGGUCGCUAUUUGAAAUAGAGCGAGAUCCCAAUCGAACAUUACGACUGUUCGGUUUGCCCAGAGAAAUUUUCGACGAAAUCACUGACCACCUACCGCCUGACGCCGAAGCGUGUUUAACGCUCACCUGCAAAGAAGCAUUGCAUCGACUCGGCACCGCAUCCUGGGCGAGCUUUCGUGGAAGAGCUCGCCACUAUGGGCUUCAAUAUGGACAUCACGGCUCGCUGGUCGAGCUUCUCGAACGCGACCUCCCCGGAAGUGAAUACUGCCCGCGAUGCGAGGUGAUGCACCCACCUCUCAAGCGACCCAAGGACCAUCGCGAGACUAAAUGGACGAAGCGUUGUAUGGGUCAAUUAGCCAGUAUCGACUACUGGCCGCAAACACCAUCGGGUGGCUACAGCCUGGUGUGGGAGCAUAUCCUCGAGGCAUUCGAGUCACAGCCCGCCGCCACAGGCGUGAGUUCACCGAUUUCACUAUUCGACGGCGACUUUACCUUCACUCAGGGGUUGGUCAGCUACAGCCUCUGCUCGUCGGCACGAUGGGUUGACCGGAACCUCGUCCUUACCCAGGAGCACCAUCUACGGAACAACCAUUCUCAGACUCGGGCCCUUCAAGCGGGGGAUAUCACCCCCCUUCCUUUCCGCGUUUGUGCACAUUUAUCCACGACAGGUGUACCCCCACCAAAGACUUCUUGCUCCAAGAAACCGGUCACAAAUAGCUCGCACCUCACUAUCGCCAUCACUUCGGCUUUUCCGCCUCUUUUACAGAAGGGUGUCCGUCCGCCCAGGAUAUCUACACAGCUGGCAGAGGCAGCAACAAAGGACAAUUUCACCUGGCGCUGUAAGAGUUGCACGACGAAGUUUCGGGUGCGCUACGAAGGACACAACGGGGGAGAGAUCGUUGUGACUGCUUGGCAUUGUUUUGGAAAGGAGCUGUGGAAAGCACAGCAGUUCUGGAAGUACCUCGUUCGUCGAGAAGGGCCGACCUUGGGGCCGGCAAAGCGUAAUAGCGAAUAUUAUAGUGUUUCUAGGAGCUUGCCUGAUUUCAAGAUUCCAGAAGAUGUUUGA